AACUGUGCAGGUGAAACGUACUUACUUAAGCUUUGUGUGACACGGUUUAAUUUAUAUAAAAAAUUUUAAUACCCACAGCGCUAAAAAUAAAAUAUUAAAAUUAAUUAUAAUAAAAAUUAAACAAAUAUUAAUUAUUAUUGAAUUAUUUUAUUAAUAUUCACUUGAAGAGGAAAAUGUUGAAACGACAAGUUUUGCUGUGCGGACUAUUUUUCCUUUUUGCGUACUCCAUUUCGACUGAGGCAAUCGAGUGCAUUCAGUGUGAUUCGACAACCAAUGAAAAUUGCACCAAAAACGUAUCCGCAAUCACAACCAAGACCACUUGUGCUGACAAGGAAGUGUGCUACGUAUCCGUAAGUGACAAUAAAGUUACUCGGGGCUGUACACCAGCCUGUGAAAAUAACAAUUGUACAGCUUGUGCAACUGCUCUAUGUAAUGCCCACAAUGUUUGCAAAACCUGCAACUCAACUAAAGAUGCAAGUUGUGCACAAACUGAUGCAUCGGCGAUCGCAAGCACCGUCUGCUCUACUGCAAACACCAAAUGUUUGACGCAAAUUGGCAACAAAUAUGAGACAAUACGUAUGUGUGCUCCAGACAAUGUAGUCGAAAAUAAUUGCAAUAACGCUACAUGCAAAUUAUGCACUGGCGGCAAUUGUAACGUUGGUAUUUUCCCAACUAAUCGUAUUCAUUGCUAUCAGUGCACAGAUAGUGUUUGCCUGGAUGUUUCCACUAGCGAAGCUACAUCAACACCGUGUCCUUUGUACAGUGUCAAUGAUAAGUGUUAUAUGACAGCAGCAGACGAAACACAUAUCACACGUGGAUGUAUGUCCGAUCCAACUGCUGCUGCUGCUUGUAGUGAUGACAAAUGUUACCAAUGUAGUGUUGACAAUUGCAACUCCAAUGGCUACAAGCGUAAGCAAUCAAUUAAAUGUGUACAGUGCAACAACAAUUCCACAUGCACUUGGGCACAAAAUCCAAAUGAUGCAACAGACUGUAAGGAUAUUGUGUAUAAUCAAAAAGAUGCAUGUUAUACACAAAAAGACAGUAAUACAACAGUCAUUCGAGGAUGUUUUAAUGAGAGAACUGCAGAUCAAGGAGAAUGCAAUAAUGACAGUUGCACAACAUGUACUGAUGCGAACGGCUGCAACUCAAAGUACAAAAAUGAUUUUACCUGCAUUAGAUGUCGCAGUGAUUUAUCUCAAGAUUGCCGAGACAUCAAGGCUGACAAAAUCGCAAACUUAAGUCAAACAUGCACAAAUGACGUAUCAGAAGCUAGUGCUACAUGUUUCCAGGGACUUUGGAAUACUGUUUUAAUACGUGGCUGUCUUGUCGAUACUGACAAACAAACUCGAGCAAAAUGUUUGGAUAAAGAUGAUGGGCAGUGCACUACUUGUGAUGGAAAAAAUUGUAAUAUCAAAUCUAUAAAUGGUGCCUCAACUAUAUCUUUGACAACUGGUCUUUUGGCUGUUAUUUUCUUAAGCUUAAGGCAUUUACAUUAAAUAUUUAGAUAACACAUAAAAGAAUUUAAAUUUAUUAAGAAAUAAUAAUAUUUUUGU